AUGUCAAGUCAAAAUACCCAAUCUUCUGAAAAUCCACUGAGUGUCGACCUCGAAAAACAAAGCACCCAUCGUUCCCUUGAAGAUGGAGAAGCUGACCUGGAAAAACAAAAUACCCGACAUACCUAUACUAAUAAGCAAGUUGGUUCAGAACUUGAUUUCAAAGAUUAUCUUCGGCAAUUCCCCGUCGUUAACAAUCCUGAAGAUUUUAUUGUCACCCUGAACGGUCCGAACGACCCUGACUUGGCUCUAAAUUGGAGCUUAAAAAUAAAGCUGCAAAAUGUUGCUGUCAUGGGAUGUGCUUGUCUCUGGGUCAGUUUUGGUUCUUCUUCCUUUUCCGGUGCCGUUCCUGCGGUAAUGACGAAUUACCACGUUGGUAGAACUGUUGCCAUUCUUGGUAUCAGUCUAUACGUGAUGGGUUUUGCUUCAGGACCUCUUGUAUGGGCUCCAAUGAGUGAAGCUUUUGGUCGUCGUAGGCCUAUGAUCAUUGCUGUCUUUAUUUUUAGCAUUUUUCAAAUUGCUGUUGCUACGGCUAAGGAUAUACAAACCGUUAUGAUUUGUCGUUUCUUUUGCGGUUUCUUUGGUAGUUCUCCCGUUACCACAGUUGCGGGCUCAUUUUCCGAUAUGUUUAGUGCCCGGACAAGGGGUUUGGUUAUUGCAACAUAUGCUGCAAUUAUCUUUAAUGGUCCUUUGGUGAGUCCUAUUGUCGGUGGUUUUAUCGGCAAAUCGUAUUUAGGAUGGCGAUGGAUUUCGUAUAUUACAGCAAUUAUGGGAUUUUUUUCGUUAAUAUGCAUGCUUAUUUUCCAUCGUGAGACGUAUACGAAAACAAUUACUGAGGAUCGAGCAAAGUUGGUUCGAAAUUUAACUGGCAAUCACUGUUUGCACUCCAAAUCCGAAGAAGAGCCCUUGGUUCUUUCGUACUUUGUUCACAAGUACUUGACCCUUCCCCUUCGUUUGCUAUUGCUCGAACCCAUUUUGUUACUUGUGUCCACAUACACUGCUUUCGUGUAUGGUAUUUUGUAUGGUCUUUUGGAAGCGUACCCAGUAAUUUUUGGUGAAGCCAGAGGAUGGAGUGAAGGUGUCAUGUCUUUACCUUAUCUUGCCAUCUUAAUUGGCGUAUGCAUAGGUUCCAUCAGUGUUGCCUUCUUCCAACCAUAUUACUUUCGACAAAUGGAAAAGAAUGAAGGCAGGCCGGCCCCCGAAGCGCGACUUCCUGCCAUGAUGCUGGGAUGUAUCGUGUUUCCAAUUGGCAUUUUUUGGUUAGCAUGGACUGGUAAUUAUCCAAAUAUUCAUUGGAUUGUCCCAACUAUAUCCGGCAGUUUUGUGGGUUUUGGUAUCAUUACAAUCUUCCAACAAAGUAUAAACUACAUUGUCGAUUGUUAUAUGGAUAUUUCUGCAUCUGCUAUUGCAGCGAAUACGCUGUUUCGAAGUUCGUUUGGUGCUGCCUUCCCUUUGUUUACUACUCAAAUGUUUAAUAAUUUAGGAAUAGGAUGGGCUGGUUCCCUAAUAGGUUUUGUUGCUGUCGCUCUUAUCCCAUUCCCUUUUUUCCUUUUCAUUUACGGCUCCAGGAUUCGUUCCAAGAGUAAGCUGUGUUUGAAAGAUUUACCCUUAAAAGAGUUACCCUAA